CCCAGCAAGACACACGACGACAAGAAAAAUCCUGAUCAUAUAAUCUUGAGCUCCCUAAUUCUCUUAUUUUGAGCAAUAUGCCUGUUUUCCGACUGCUUUUGUGGCUGUUCUUCUCCUCUUCAACUUGGCCUCCGGAAAAGUCACCAUGAGACGCUGGCUCGCAGAGUGGUCACUUGCUCCUUUAUUCGCACUUGCAACGGGAGCAGUAACAGAGUCAGAGGGCCCUCAAACUCUACUCUCCUGCAAUUAUGAAGAUGGGUCGUUUACAACGUUCAGAAGCCCUGCAUUUCCUUCCCAUUCGAUCCGGAUCAAAGAGCAGAAUGACGAGAUCUGCGACGCAGGGUCAAAGCAGUACACUGGAUGGCUUGAAUUUCACGGAAAACAUAUAUUCUUUUGGUACUUUGACAGCCUGAAUGAUCCCCUGACCGAUCCGCUCACAUUGUGGUUGACGGGAGGACCCGGCGUAAGCAGCUUGGUUGGUUUAAUGCUGGAAUUAGGUCCAUGUCUCAUCAAGUCGGGAGACAGUCACACAGAGAGAAACCCUUAUUCUUGGACAAGAAACUCAUCGAUGAUAUUUGUCGACCAGCCGGUAGGAACAGGGCUUUCGUAUGUGGAUUCACACCUGGAUAUCCCAACAACUUCCAAAAUUGCUGCAGAAGAUAUGUAUAUCUUUCUGCAAAUCUUCAUGACAGAAGUCUUUCCUGAACGCCGACAGACCCCCUUCCACAUAGCAGGAGAGAGUUAUGCUGGGCAUUAUAUUCCUACCUUGUCACGAGAGAUACUUCGGCAAAACCAGGCCCCUGAAAGGCCAGAGAUUCCACUUCAAUCGAUCUUGGUCGGGAAUGGCUAUGUUUCGCCGCUCGACACCCUCUACGGGUAUUACGAGACCCUCUGCACGACCAAGCCAGGCGUUGACGAGCCUGUUUUCAACCAGACCCGCUGCCAGAUCAUUUCAGAUAACCUACCUAGAUGUACCAGCAUUUAUGAGGUGUGCUACCGAUAUCCAGACGAGGUUCUAUGCAAAGCUGCGGAUGCAGUUUGUGGCGUCAUAAAGGAACUGUACCACAACGAGUCACAUGCAGGUGGACGUGAUCCUUUUGAUAUCACCCGAACCUGUGCAGUGGACCACCUGUGUUUCUCGCAAACCCUCGAGAUUCAGAAAUACAUAAAUAAGCCUAGCACUUGGGCUGCUCUUGGUGUUCCGGAAGCUGUCCGGAAUUUCUCCAUUGAAUCCAAGGAAGUUGCUUCCGCGUUCGAGGCUACCACUGAUCUGUACAGCAAUGUCAUGGAUCAUAUCAAGUACGCAUUGGAACAUGGAGUGGACGUGUUGAUAUACAAUGGGAACUUGGACCUUGCAUGCAACACCGCGGGUAACUUAAGGUGGGCGGAUGCUCUACGUUGGAAUGGACAAGCACCGUUCACUUCAGAAGAUCUGAAACCUUGGUACUCGAACGUAGGCGGUAUCAAAGUCAAGGCUGGGAGUUUCAAGGAGGUCUUCGCCUCAGUCCCCAACGGGGUCUCUGGAAAACAGCGCUUCGCGUUUGUCACGGUAGAUAAAUCUGGACAUAUGGUUCCAUUAGAUCAGCCUGAAGUGGCACUUGAUCUUUAUCAAAGGUGGCUGUUUCAAAAGUCUUUCUGAUCAGAAACCUUCAACUGGCUGCCUUGACACUUCCGGUUGAUACAAGAGGAAUUUGCAUGCUGCCAGGCUUGGAGCAUUACCUUGGAGCAUUAUCCACGAUGGUUGGACUCAGCUCAAUUACUAGACGGUCUAGACCUCACUUUUCCCAGUUUCGAGACGUGACACUCAGCUAAUCAGCCCAUUCUCAAAGUCUUCAUCGAACUCCAUCAGUCUUCGUGCGCGCUCAUUGCAAGAAGCUCACAGGUAGAUGGGCAUAUUUACACAUACACCCGGACUCGACUGUUAAAGAUUCAUUCUGUUGAAUAGUUCAAUAUUCCAUCUUCAAAAUGGCAUUCAAUUGGCGGGUUGAUAGAUC